AUGUCUUCCAACGAAGCUGAAGGAGCAGGAGUAUCUGCGCAAAACAAAGGAUCUUGGAGCGCGUUCCUCAAGUCGAUCGCUUCAUUCAACGGGGAUUUAUCUUCGUUGACAGCUCCACCAUUCAUUCUAUCAUCAACAUCGUUGACUGAAUUCUCUUCAUAUUGGGCAGAACAUCCUAAUCUAUUCGUCGCACCUGCCGCAGAGCAGGAUCCGCAAAAACGAGCACUCUUGGUCUUGAAAUGGUUCUUGAGUACAUUGAAACAACAAUAUGCGAGUCGAAGUGAUAAAUAUGGAAAUGAGAAGAAACCUUUAAAUCCUUUCUUAGGAGAGUUGUUUCUUGGAAAGUGGGAGGAUUCCUGUGGGACUACCGAGCUUAUUUCUGAGCAGGUCAGCCAUCAUCCACCUGUUACCGCAUAUCAAAUAUCCAACAAGAAACAUGGCGUAUAUUUACAAGGAUACAAUGCUCAAAAAGCUUCUUUCUCUCGAACCAUCAACGUUAAACAAAUCGGUCAUGCACUUUUGAGUAUUCCUGUCUACAACGAAACCUAUCUCAUCACUCUUCCAAACCUCCACAUUGAAGGUUUAAUCUUUGGUUCGCCAUUUGUCGAGCUCGAGGCCAAAUCUUACAUUACAAGUAGCUCAGGAUUUACCGCCAAGAUUGAUUAUAGUGGCAAAGGAUGGUUAUCUGGCAAGAAGAAUAGUUUCACCGCUACAUUAUAUCCCACUGGCAAAGAAAAGGAAACUCUCUAUACCAUCACUGGACAAUGGACCAAACAAUUCGAGAUCAGAGAAGGUGGAAAGAAAAGUGAUCUGAUAGAUACUUAUGAUGCAGAUGCUGCACCUACCACUCCACUCAUCGUUGCACCAAUCGAAGAACAAGAUCCAUUAGAGUCGCGGCGUGCUUGGUCCAAGGUCGCAGCUGGUAUCGCAGCCGGUGAUAUGGAUGCAACCAGUAACGAGAAGACUAAAAUUGAAGUUUUUCAACGAGAACUUAGAAUAAAGGAGAAGAGUGAGGGUAGAACUUGGGAAAGAAGAUAUUUCACCAAGAUGGAAAAUUGUCCAAUCUUGCAAAAAUUGUCUCCAUGUAUCCAAUUAUCAGCAGAUGAGGAUAAAACUGGUGGAAUUUGGAGAUUUGAUGAGACGAAGGCUUCCAAACAUGUGAGAUCGGAACAAACUCUACAACCUCAACAAAUAAAUGUACAAGUUCCGGUUGCUUGA